AGCCUACAAUUCCCACAAUGCAUUGAGAAGACACCCGGAAAGGGACGAAAACAUCAGCUGACAACACUGUGGAUGAGUAGUUUUUGACAUUUUAAAGGCAGUUAUUUAUUCGUUUAAAAUACAGUUGUUUUUUAUUUUUGCAUUAGCAUAUGUUAGUGAGUAAGUAGCUAUGUUACGACCAAAGGCGUUAACGCAGGUUCUAAGCCAAGCAAACACAAACGGAGUCCAAAGCACACUCUUACUGAACAAUGAAGGUUCACUUCUGGCUUACUCUGGAUACGGGGACACUGACGCCCGAGUGACAGCUGCCAUCGCUAGCAACAUCUGGGCGGCCUACGACAAGAACGGCCACCAAGCCUUUAACGAAGACAAACUGAAAUUCAUACUCAUGGAUUGUAUGGAGGGAAGGGUGGCCAUUACUCGUGUAGCCAACCUACUACUGUGUAUGUACGCCAAAGAGACAGUGGGUUUUGGAAUGCUUAAAGCCAAGGCAGAAGCCCUGGUACAGUACCUGGAGGAACCGUUAACCCAAGUGGCAGCUUCAUAGUGGAGAUGUGACUGAAGCUCUGCCUGGGAAAAAAAAACAUCACAUGAUCCCGAUCAUUUAUGGACUACUGAGUGAUCUGUCAGUGAGUGCUGGGGGUGGGGGAGAGGAGGGGGAACAGUGUAUUUAUAAUCAUGGUAUUGAAACUAAUAACUGUUAUGGGUUUUUGACCUCGCUUGUGACUUAUGUGUUCAUCUAAUGGUCUGUUCUGAAAGCCCACAUAAUUGUCAAAAGGAAGUCUGAGUGUACAACUGCUGAAAUGAUUCCUUUACAUUACUGUUUCCACGGCCGAUUCAUUCAUUUGCAGUUUUAGUUCAGAUCACAGUUAAACAGAAAAUGUAACUUUUUUGACUCCUGUCAGAGAAGUAAAAUGGUUUGUGAAAACCUUCAUAAAAAUGUCUGUCGGAUAAAAUGCAGUGACGAUUAUUUGUUUUAUUGCGUUUUGUUUCAAAGCUGUCAAAUAAACAAUUUUUGGAUUAA